AUGGUGCUGUCAUCGUUACUCCCUUUAGUUGGAUGGGCUAUUCUUCCUAACUAUGCCACAUCUUUCAUCCAAAGCCUCUACUACGGCGUGACAAUCCGGGCUGGAGAGCCUCGUCCCUUGCCCAAAACACUGCAGUAUGAGCGCCACCGCCGCCGUAUUUUUAUCUUCGUGAUAGUCGCCUACCUCCUCUAUACCCUCUACGACAGCUUUCAUAAGGUUCAAGUUGCUGGCGACUAUUACAAGGCGCUAGGUGUGUCACCUCUGGCUGACGAACGUACCAUCAAGUCUCGAUUUCGGAGAAUGGCUACCCAAUACCAUCCAGAUAAAAUAGGUGUCGAUAGUGGAUCAGAGGCCUACUUCAUGUUCUUGCGACGGGCCCAGGAAACCCUGGUAGACCCAGUCAAGCGAUUUGCAUAUGAUCGAUUUGGGCCGGACAUGAACAAUUGGGGCGAGCAGAAGACCAUGCAGGACUUCUUGAUGAAAUCGUUCACCAAGACCAUUCUCCCACAGUACGUCGUUGCGUUUGUGACCAUGGUGGUACUGAAUUGGUUUUGGUGGGUAAACUGGGGCCGCUACUGGCGCUUCUAUACCUUUGCAGCCCUGAUCACCCUUGAGCUCGCUCUCAUCACACACCCGCAGGCUGUAUUCAUGCCAUUCUCUUACAUCCCUUCUCCGUUGCGCGCCUGGCUACCUGAACAAACUUUCUACCUCCUGCCGUUCCAAGUGUUGACUUUGGCGCGACAAGCAUCCAUCGGCCUACAUAUCUUUAUCUCGCAGGUUGCCCCGCCCGUCCGUGAGACGCCCAACAGUGGCGACAAGCUCUCGGUGCAGACUAUGCAGCGACUACAGCUGUUGGUGAAUGCCUCACGUAUGUCAGAUAUCGAGGCAACACGGAUGCUGCAACUCAGCCAGGCGCCGUUCCGCGGUGAUCGUGAAAGCGUAAAGGCCCUACGACGAGGGAUGACGGAAGGACUUAUCCUCGGUGGCGUGCGGUCAAGUCCAGAGGUGCAGCGUGCAGUAGAACAAGUCUUACAACGACGCAAGGCUGAGAGGGAGGGCUCAAUAUAA